AUGAGAAACCCAUCACCCUCUGCGUCUGCAGGAGAAGGACCACAACCAGCGAAGACGCCGUGUUGCAGCAAGGUAGGGUUAAAGAGAGGGCCAUGGACACCUGAAGAGGAUGAGCUUCUUGUCAACUACAUCAAAAAAGAAGGGGAAGGUCGCUGGCGUACCUUGCCUAAAAGAGCUGGACUUCUCCGCUGUGGUAAGAGUUGCCGUCUCCGAUGGAUGAACUACCUGCGUCCCUGUGUAAAACGCGGCCAGAUCGCUCCUGAUGAAGAAGAUCUCAUUCUUCGACUGCAUCGCCUUCUAGGAAAUAGGUGGUCACUGAUAGCUGGGAGAAUUCCAGGGCGUACAGAUAAUGAGAUCAAGAAUUACUGGAACACUCACCUCAGCAAGAAGCUGAUAAGCCAAGGAAUUGAUCCAAGAACCCACAAGCCGCUUAACCUUGAAUCUUUUGAUCAUCAAAAAGCUUCUUCAUCUAAAGCCAAUCGCAAAACAUCAGGCCUUAUGAGUAAUAAUAAUAAUUCAACUGUUGCAGCUCCUUCUUCUGGUGUGGAAGAAACGAACAGCGGGGGCAGUACACAGAUCAUCAGCAACAAAGAAAAUGUAUGCAUUGAAAACACUUCCUUGGAUCAUCAUUACCAAUUGACGGGGAACAAUAAUGCUGAUCCCAGCCAUGGAUAUUCAAGUUUGCUGAAUUGUGGUAAUGGUACUUGUGGGAUGCAUUUGAUAAGCAACGCUCAAGGGCUUAGCAACGAAGAAGACGAAGAUAUCAAUUACGGCACCGACGAUGUCUUCUCUUCAUUUCUCAAUUCACUUAUCAAUGAGGAAGCUUUCACUAGCCAGCAGAUGCAGCAAGAAGGCAACCUGAUUGUGGCCAGUUCGGAUCCUUUGCUUUCAACCAGUACUUCAACUUUUGGCUAUGGCCCUAGCUGGGAAUCUGUUCUCAUGUCCCCCACUAACCAAAAUGAUCCCAGCAAGAGGGUUAACGAUCAUCUCCACUAGCAGUACGUCUAUAUUCCAAAUGCAGCACCUGCAUUCGCUGAGGCACGAAUUAAUAGUUAGCAGGAAUGCUAGGGGUUUGAUCGGUUUAUCAUUUUAUGUACACUAUUUAAUAAAAUAUCUAUUAUUGUUUGGUGUCUGUAACGUAAGCAUAUGAACUCCAUUUUCAGAACAAUGUAUGAUGUGAACUUUGUGUGCGAAUGAAUGUAUGUUGUUAUAUAGUAA